AUGUCGUUCGUCGAAGUAUUGCUCGCCAACUACCGGAAGGCGCCGGAGUUCCUGUCCCCAACAGCUUUGAACGACUGCUUCGACAUGUACAAGUACGUCUUGAAGCACGAGAACAUCGUGCCGGGCCACGUCGUGCUCAGCGGUGACAGUGCAGGCGGCGAAAUAUGCAUGACGAACUGUAUACGACUACGCAAGGAGAACCCGGAGCUCCAGCCGGCAGCCGCGCUGUGCUACUCGCCCAUGGUGGAUUUCAGCGAGGUAGACAGCGACAACAAGGCUUCGUACUGCAUUCUCGUGACCAAUUUCGCCGACCGAUGCAUCGCUACGUUCCUGAGUAGCGUUUCGGACCCGGAGGAGCGUCGGCAGGCGUCGGCAGGCUGGGGAGAGCUAGAGCGGUUCUACGAGCAGGGCAUGAGGUUCAAGGCCAAGGCUGAAGCGGAAGGUGCGAAGAACGUGGAGUUUGACGAUAAAGCCACGUUGAAGAAAGACAAGGCGACCGUGGACGGCGAGCCGCACGCGGACACCAAGGCGCACGUGGACACCAAGAUGCACACGCACACCAAGACGCGCGCGGUCACCAGUCCCCAGCAGCCCCGACACGCCACCACGGCACGCUCGAUCGCACGCCCGGCGGCACGCAUCCGACUCUUCGACACAGCGGGCGGGCCCGCUCACUAUUCCUACCUCCUAUACUGGGGGCAGCUCGCGUCUCCACCCGCGUUGGACCAGCAGCUCGUUCCCGAUCACCUCGGCGAAUUAUUCGGGGGUAGCCCCAACUCGCACUCCUUCCGCUGUAUGAUUCCGUCGGAUUGA